CACCCCUGUGAGGAGGCCGGAGGCCGGACUCGGGAGGCACUCUCUACGCUCCCGGAAGAUCAUGUACCAGCCCAGCCGGGGGGCGGCCCGGCGUCUCGGCCCCUGCCUGCGUGCCUAUCAGGCUCGACCCCAGGACCAGCUUUCUCCACGGACUCUACCAUUCCCACCCCUUUGGCCCCACUCCACGACACCCACUUCCCCAUCUUCUCCUCUUCUCUGGUCUCCCCCACCUUUAUGCCCUGCCAGCCUUUGUCUUCCCCCAGCUCCCCCUCUCCCUCUCCCUCAGGUCCAGGCCCUCAGCUCACCAUGGGUGGUUCUCCCUCCAGGAAAGGGGGAGGAUGGACCAGGACCUGAGGUGCACAGUGGCUGCCUGGAUGGGCUUAGAAGCCUUUUUGAGGGACCUCCCUGCCCCUAUCCUGGGGCUUUGAUACCUUUCCAAGCCCCUGGAACUGCCCACCCUUCCCCUGCCACCCCAUCAGGAGAUCCUAGUAUGGAGGAACACCUGGCUGUCAUGUAUGAGAGACUGAGACAAGAGCUUCCCAACCUCUUCCUUCACUCCCACGACUACACUCUCUAUUCUUUGGAUGUGGAAUUCAUCAAUGAGAUCUUGAACAUGCGUACCAAAGGCCGAACAUGGUACAUUUUGUCACUGACCCUCUGUCGCUUCCUGGCCUGGAACUAUUUUGCACAACUUCAUUUGGAGAUUCUACAGCUGACUCGCCACCCAGAGAACUGGACCCUGCAAGCCCGCUGGCGGCUUGUAGGGCUGCCUAUCCAUAUGCUCUUUCUGCGUUUCUACAAGCGUGACAAGGAUGAGCUUUACCGGACCUAUGAUGCCUAUUCUACCUUCUACCUGAAUUCCAGUGGCCUCAUUUGUCGCCAUCGCUUAGACAAACUGAUGCCUUCACACUCACCUCCAACACCUGUGAAGAAGCUGCUAGUGGGAGCACUGGUGGCCCUGGGGCUGUCAGAACCAGAACCCAACUUAAACCUGUGUUCCAAGGCCUAAUCUUUGGCCUUGGCAUGGAGGUGGCACUGAAGACUUUGUUACGCACAAGCAAAGGAAGUGGAAGUGGCCAAGAAUCUCAGGAGCCAGCUUCCUCCCUGCCCUCUUCUCUGUCCUUUCUUCCUUUCCAUCUCAUGCUGUGUAAAGCUGCUGUAUAAUUUAACUUGUAAAUAAUAAAGUUUAAGUGACUGUAUGA